CUUCCCUCGGUCCCUUUCUUCUCCCCGCUCCGCUUGUUCGUUCGUUCGACACACUAGCAGCCGGCGACGCCGCUUGCUCCGCCGAACGAAUCCCCCUCUAGCCCGGCGAUCGGCCUCCCUCCUCCGGCGAACGAACGCCCCGUCACUCCCUCGCCGCCGGAUCGACGGCCGCCUGCCCGUCCGCCCAUACUCGGCAUCCGACCCUGUCGGUCCUCGGCAGCAGAUCUGCACCCGCGGCGGCGACGCACCCCCACCCACACCCCGGCGUUCCUCUCCCUGGCCACAUCCAUGGUGAAGAUGAAUUGUGUGUAGCUAAAGCUUCUGUCUGAUGGAUCCUGAUGGCAAGAAGUUUGGCACAGGGCCUAGGGAGCUCACUGGUGCUGUUGAUUUAAUAAGCCAGUACAAGCUGCAACCUCAUCAUGAUUUCUUUUGCAAGAGGCCUUUGCCACUGGCAAUCUCAGAUACACAUUAUCUUCACAAUGUUGUGGGGGACACUGAAAUACGAAAAGGAGAAGGAAUGGAGCUAGAUCAACUCAUUCAGAAUGCAUACCUGAGGGAUAAACCUGCUUAUAUUCAGCCCUUUGACAUGGAAACGCUGGGGCAAGCGUUUCAGCUUCGAGAAACAGCCCCAGUAGAUUUACCCUCUGCUGAAAAAGGUGUACCGACUAUUUCGGGUAAAUCGAAAAGUGAGUCCAAGGACAAAGAGAAAAAACAUAAAAAGCACAAAGACAGAGAUAAAGACAAAGAACAUAAGAAGCACAAACAUCGACAUAAAGAUCGUUCAAAGGACAAGGACAAAGACAAGGAUAAGAAAAAGGAUAAAAGUGGCCAUCAUGAGAAGAAGAGGAAGCAUGAGGGGAUGGAGGAUUCAGUGGAUUUGCAUAAGCAUAAGAAAAGCAAGCAUAAGAGUUCCAAAAUCGAUGAGAUGGGUAAUGGACUUAGUUAGCUGCACUUUUCUUACUUCUAUUGUCAAUCCAUGUCGUAUGUUGUUAAAAGAAGGCUCAGAAGGUUUCUGUCAUCAGGACCCACUGCAGAUCAAUGGUAUAUGCUUCUUGAACUUCUAUCUACCUGUUGGGUUUAAUUUUUCUCCCUAGACUUUCCUUGGUUCUAGUUCUAGGAAUGGAUCAUGGAUGCAUGAUUUGGUUUCUCGUGUUACUUCCCUCAAUUCUUUGCACCUUUUGGUGAAAACCUUCUGCUGAAAACUUUUCAGAUAGAGCUGCAUUCUUAGUUUGUGCCGUUUAAGGUAAUUCAAGAGGUUAUUUUUGUUUGUUUACUUUUUGGGGCUUAAAUGAUGAAUACUUUAAACUAACUAUGGAGUUAUUAGUCAAUGAAGACUUGAAGAGAAUAGGACCUUUUGCCUGCCAUCCCAAAGAUUAGUCUCAUUUGAUUUUUAUCUGCAUUUCUAGAAUAUGUGAUCUUGGGCACAGCUGCUCUGAUUUUUUUUCCCCGUCAACAAUCAACUUUGGACUUAUACUGAUUCCUUUCUUCAUUCUCACUGUUAACUUGGUUUUUUUUGGCAUGACCUGGUUCGGUCUGCCUUGCACCAUAAUGUAGUUGUUUUCUGUUUAAAUUUAUACUGCACUUGGAGCAUAACACAUGGUGAUUAAUUUGAAAUUAAUGGCGUAUUCUAAAAUAUACUUGCAGUUCUCUCAGUGAUGUUUCUUUGGAAGUAUAUUAUGUGAUUUGCAAGUAUCUAAGCACAUGUAUAACCAUUGAUACUGCCAUGUUGAGUUGUGGACACAAAUCUCCUAAUUGAGAGCAACAUUUGCAAACAAGUAUAGGCUUAUUCUUUUUGCAUCUGCGCUAAUCUAAUUCUUACUUUCAUGUGGAUGAUGCAGAUAUCAUGAAUGGCUAUUGAUUCGAAGGUGCUUAAGAUGAACGCCUGUUACCUGCUAAUUAUGUUGUUCUUGCAGUGUGGAUCCUGGGGAAAAUGUAACUUGUAACAGGGGACAAACCCAUUGUAUUUUGCAACCUGUCCCUAACUAACUAAUAGGACUCCUUGUAGGAACAUUUAGAUAGGGCUUCUAAUACCUUUUUUUCUUCUUCUUAAGACUAGACAUCUGGGUAGUUUUUAAAUGAGGUAGUUUUUGAAGCAUAUUAUUCCUAACCAGGCUUCUGGUCCAAAUCAUUGGUGUAGCAUGGGAUAGUGGAUUAGUGGUAGAAAGAUACUUGCAUGUGGAAACUAAACUCUGUUUCGCGUACCGGUCAGGAAAUUAAUUGAUUCAGCAACAUGAGUAAUCAUGUUUAUUUCGAGUAACAAGAAUGAUCUCUUUGUUCUAAA